CUCAUCGACACACUGAAAUCCCGACGGGCAGUGAACCAUCCCAUUCUCUCAGAUCGCGUGAAGUUCGCUAUAAGUGACGAUAAUAAGUCAGAUCAGGUUGGCGAGGCCGAGGAUCUUUACGCGAUUCCCGUCGUUACGUCCGAAUGGGUUCGUUUGUCACUAGAGACGAAUACUUUUCUACCAUUUGCACCAUUUCAUCCAAACUUCCGGAAGAUUUUCACGGAUGUUACUGCUGUGUUUUCGGAGCUUUCCCUGAAAGACUGCAUCACGCUUUCAGCACACAUAACAAUCCGUGGGGGCCUUGUAAAGACUACUUUAGAUUCGUCAGUUACACACCUUAUCUGUGGCCGGGCUGCUGGGAGUCUUUAUGACUUUUGCGAAAAUUGCAUGCAACCGGACAAAGUGAAAAUAGUGUCUCCUGAUUGGGUAAUCGAGUGUGUCAAGGCCGACAAGUGCAUUAAUUGGGACAACUAUAACAUCGACUUGUUAGUCAAACCAUCGCCUCCCAAGACCAUAAAGCCGAAACCUGUUCCUGCACGACCAAGUGCACCU